CCACACGGGUGCGGGCCGGGGUAGAAGAUGGGUGGAGAAAAAUGCUUGAAAAGGUCCUUUAAGGACAGUCUGGACAAUAUAAAAGAACGAAUGAAAGAGAAAAGAAAUCAAAAAUGGGCAAAGUUGGGUAAAACAAACCAGGUCUUGCCUAUAACAUGCAAAAUAGCAACCAACAGUUCGGUGCAACUGAAAAGCUUGCAAGCAAACAAUCGCGCACUAGCUCUAGCUUUGCAAGAGGAAAAAGCCAAAAUGAAAGAAGCCCAAGAUAUCAUUCUGCAUUUAAAGAAAGAGUAUCAGUCUCUGAAGUUUCAGAUAUUUGUUUUACAAAGAAAACUUAGCUCACAGCAAGCGAAAGAAUCUGUUGAGACCAGAUUGUCGAUCUUGAGCAAGAUUGUUUCAAAAGUUGCUAAAAACCUACUCGAUACAGCUGAUCUUCUUGGUCCAGCUCAGGAUUUGUGUUCCACUGAUCUUAACAAGAGGAUGUGUCCCUCAGUUCUUGAAGAUGACGACUCCAGUAUUUUAAGACAAGCUGGUUCUCUGGGACUUCCUACACGUGUUCUUGUUGCAGAUGCUAGCCUAGAAGGCGAAAUGCUUGGACAUGAAAUAGAGAAUAAUACUGAUACAAACAAUGCAUCUUAUUCUAUGUCAGAUUCCUGGCAGACCUUUAAAAAUACCACUUCAGUUAAGAAAAUGGCAACAAACACAGAAGGACAAAGAUCUGAUUUUCAUCUUCAUGUGCAGGAAGACAACCUAGAGGCCAACCUGGAAAAUACUCUUUUAGAUGAAGAGGAUAGGCAAGUUGGUAAUAUCUUACCAAAAACUGUAUCUACCAGGCAUCACUGUUCAAACAGGAAAAUUCAAGUGCAUAAUCUAGACCAUUCAGAAAGGGCUUAUUUGACCAGAGAAUUUUGUAAACAGGAUGAAACUAGACUUGAGGGAAGUCUAGAGAAAGGUAAUAUAGAAAAUAUAGAGCCAAAUCUUUCUCAACUGAAUGAAAAUAAGAUAAACAUGAAGCCAAUGUUGGAUCAGGCAGAUACAUUGACUGAAUUGAACUGCUCAGUUGCAGAACCUAAACUUAAACAAAUUCAGCUUAAAAGCAGAGAAAACUCUCAAACAAGAAGAGAGAAAGUACAAAAAGGAAAAUUGGAAGGAAGUAAAAAGACUUCCAGAACAAGAUCAAAAAGACAGAGAAGCCAGGCAGAACAAACUUCCAAAGCGAAACUGGAUUUAUCAGUUGGCUCCAAUAAAGCUUAUGAUUUUCAGUUUGAGGAGAAUGUCCAUAUCACACCUUUCCGACAAAACAAGGUGGAUGAUUGUGACCGUGACGUGGAUGAAAGAAAGGAUACAUCUGAAUCCAAAACACACAGCAGUGAAGCAAGUGAUUCAGAAGAGAAUUCUGAUGACAGCCUGUAUGUGCCUUACAGGAGUAAAUCAAAAUACAGGAAGAGUUCACAGUGCAAAAAUGAUGGAAGUCCAGUCCAUACAAGACCACGAUCUAAAAGAUCUGUGGUGUACCAGCAACAGAAAACCAGUAAUGAAAAAGAGACUAAGAAUACUACAUCAAAUGAAAAAUCUAUCAGCACUGUUGAAAAUACUCCAGUGGAUAGUACCUCCAUGAUCAGGAAAAUCAACAUUCAGACAAGCACUGUGAUGAAAUUAGAUGAAGUAAAAUCACAUUCUCUUCUAUGUGCUAUGGAUACAGUAACAAAAGUAGAUAAGAAUUCUUCCUCUGGAAAUAUAUAUUGCGAUUUUGCUAAAGCAGGGAAACCUGAGGCUUCUCAGACAUCUCGUCUUCAUCUCUGUGAUGUCACCAACAUCUCUUCAUCGUCUGGUACAAAAAGUAGAAUCUCUCAUCCAUUUUUAAGUAUUGAUGAAAAACCAGGAAUUCCCAGCCACAAACGCAGAUGUACUAUUAAUGUGAAUUACAAGGAACCAAGUAUCAGCGGGAAGCUCAGAAGAGGAGAUCCGUUUACAGAUAUGUGUUUUCUGAACUCUCCAAUUUUCAAGCAGAAAAAAGAUCCUAAACACAGUUCUGUUAAAAAGGAAUCUCUGUCCAAAUACAAUGAGGCAUUUGUUGGAUGUCGUUGA